AUAAUUGAUAUGACUUUAAGAAAAGCGGAAGUAUUAGAAAAAAAUAAUCAACAAUCCAUGAUUUAUCCCGUGGAGAAGUUAGAAACUUAUCCUUCAAUCGUGGGAAUAGAAUGCAGUAAGGAGGAGAUUACCGCCUUUUUGGAAGAUGGUCGCAAGGCGUUCUUUGCGGGUUGCGGUUCGGGUGUAGUCUUUAAAUAUUUUGGUGAGGAUAGUUCAGACUUCUUUACUGAUUUCAACUUCUAUUUCUUGUUUUUGGCCGAAGUGGGUUUGUUGGCGGUCUGGGAAGUAGUCUGUUCAGUGAGGGUGGUGAUUAGUUCUGGUUCUUUACUUACUGAGUAUUUGGUUUUAGCGGAAGUGCGGAGGGUGUAA